UCGAAUGAAACGUGGUGGACAAUUUGACAGCUGUCAAACAAUGUUUGUUUUUCUACUUUAAACAAAUGGAUAAUUUAGUUUUAAAUUUUCAAUAUAGUGAUUAAAAUAUCAGAGGAAAUUGAUUAUUGUCAUUCUGAAGAUCUAGAGAUGAUGGCGACAAUUUUAAUCCAGGUUUUGUGCCCCCUGCGCUCUACCUUUUGCAAAGUAAUCAAUUUUGGCUUUCAUUAAUGUAAUUACUUAAAAUUUAUGAAAUAAACACGAUAUAAUGGGAAAAACGACACGAGUCGUUGUUUGUGGAAUGAAAGGAGUAGGAAAAACUGCCCUUUUAGAGCAACUCAUUUAUGGAAAUGUUAAUUCGAAAACUGAAAUUCAUCCAACAAUUGAGGAUAUUUACGUUGCGAAUAUUGAAUCCGAUCGUGGAACAAAGGAGAAUGUACGAUUUUAUGAUACAGCUGGAUUGGAACCAAUGCACAAUAAUACAAAUAAUCAACAAUUGCCAAGGCAUUAUCUUGGAUUUGCCGAUGGUUAUAUUUUAGUUUACGAUACAACGAAACCCGAGUCUCUCGAUGUUUUAUUGCCAUUAAAAAAGGACAUUGACAAAAAUAAGGACAAGAAGGAAAUAACGAUAAUUGUGAUUGGAAAUAAAACACGACACGAGCCAGAACCGCAGACAUUGGAAAAUACAGCGAUUAAGGCAAUUAAUUGGUGUACACGUGAAAAAAUUCGACAUUUCGAAGUUAAUGUUAUUGACAGGACGAGUCUUUACGAGGCAUUUAUUUAUCUAUCGUCACGUUUAAAUCCGCCACUAAAUAAAAGUACAUUCCCACAAUUAAGCAUGGGACGAAAGAAUACACGAACCGAAACCACUUGAUGGUUCCUCAGUGAUUUGAUUUAUUUUCUGUUUCCAUGGAGACCGAAUCUCAAAUUGUAAUUAUUCCACUUUUUCUAUUUUUUCAAUUUACUGAAUUAUUAUUUUAUUAUUUAUUCUAUUAUUGCAGCACUUCACGUGACAGUCUCUACUUUUUUUUUUAUUUAAAAACUAUUCAAAAAAAUUUGAGGUCAUAGUUUUUUUUAUUACAAAAAAAGGGACAAUUUUAAAGUGUACUUAAUUUUUUUCUAAAUGAUAAAUUUACGGAGACAAAUAUUGAUAAUUAUAUCGAUUAUUGGUAAAGUGAUAGGUAAACUAAUUAGUAAACUAAUAUUAAAAAAAUAACUAUAAUUUUUAAUUGUUAUUGAUUUUUUUAUCUCAAUCAAGAUUUUAUUAAUUUUUACAAUUACCUCUGUUGAAUGCAUUUUUUAUACACUCUCAACAAUUAUGUUCCUUUCUUACGUACUUAAUAAUGUUAUUUAUAAACAUAAUGUUACUCUCUUUUUUAUACAAAAAUUAUAUAUAGCUUUUGCUAAAAAAAAUACCUAAUUCGGAAAAUUACAAAUUUUUCCACUAAAAAAUUUAAAUUAAAAAGAAAAUAUUUGUUGCAUAUUGUUAAUAUUAUUGACGUCGGGGAAUUAAAUCAUAAAAUGAAUACAUUGUUAAAAAGUAAUUUUAUUACAAAAAAAUUUUUAUAUUUACAAAAA